GGGCUUUCUCCCGUAAUGGGCCGGAUCAUCCCUCGGCCCAGCGGGGGACCCGCGGCCCCAGCUUAUCUGUCCACCUCACUCAGUCUCAUCCCCACCAGACUCGUCGCCUUCCUCACCGAACCCGCAACCGCCACCGCCACCGCCACCGCCCGUCCACAUCCGCCGGCGCCGAUGGCCUCCUCCGCCCUCGCCGUCUCCGUCGCCAAGCCAGCCGCGUCUCCUCCCGUCGCCGUCGCCGCGGUAACCCCGCAGCGUCGCCUCCUCCCGCAGUGCCGGGGCGUCCGCGCUGCCCCGGUCGUCCGGCUCCGCUCGGGACGCGCCCGCGGCGUGUCGGUGGUGUGCGCCGCCCAGGGCCAGGAGACCUCCUUCCAAGUUCCUGACGUGACUAAGUCAACAUGGCAGUCACUUGUGGUGGAGAGUGAACUUCCGGUUCUCGUUGAGUUCUGGGCUUCGUGGUGCGGGCCAUGCAAAAUGAUAGAUCCUGUCAUUGGCAAACUUUCAAAAGAAUAUGAAGGGAAGCUGAACUGCUACAAGCUCAACACUGAUGAAAACCCCGACAUAGCAACCCAGUUUGGGAUAAGAAGCAUUCCCACAAUGAUGAUAUUCAAGAACGGUGAGAAGAAAGAUGCGGUGAUUGGAGCUGUGCCCGAGAGCACCCUGGUCAGCAGCAUCGACAAAUACAUCGGGAGGUAAAAUGUCAGGUUGAAUAUUUUCUAGGCAGUUGGGCUUCAACCUUCACGCCCAGAUGGAUAUAUUGUCAUCUAUGAACUCCAUUUCUUUUCGAGAAUAGGCAGGAGAAUCGUAAAUUAUGGAACCCCGGUUUGGUAGUUGUAUGUACAUAAUAAUGUGAUAACCGCUAAUAAAUGCAAUUCAAGGCUGAGCCCUGCGUGGCCUUCUGGAUCGAAGGUAUGGAAGGUUGCUUCGAGUUGCUUGUUUCAUUCUUUGGAUUGUAUACUAGUACUACUAAAUGCCGAUAUGAUAACCAUAUUCGGCCGAAUUGUCAUUAUCAGAUUUUAACGGA